AUGGCAAUCACUAUUUCAAAUUUAAAAUUCUUCCUCACGAUCUGCAUGCUAUUCACGACAACUUACGUUUUAUACUCCGUAUUCCAAAGCAACGAAACACUGAGAAACGUAGUGGCUGACAUUGCAGCAGCUCAGAAUCAGAAAACAUCUGACGACCAUGACAACAACCAUGACGGCAACGCCAAACUGGAUGGGUUCAUAGAAAAAAUUUCACCCUCACCAAUCACCGACAAAGGUAAGACCACCACAAUCGCAAUUGGUUGCGCCAUUACAAGUCACGGCGGUCGCCACCUUACUACACAAAAUGUCGCAGAAAAAAUACCACUUCUGAAAUCUCUAGUUCCUUCAUUUUGUAGAACUGCAAGUAGCGGCUACAGCUACCACUUCUACGCUUCAUACGACGUUCGAGAUACGCAUUUCUCUAAAAAUACAUUCAUGAGUGCAAUUCACAGAACAUUCAGAGAUAUCAUUGGAGAUACGUGCCCCACUAAGCUCAAUGCUUCACUGUAUUUCGUGAAGUGUAAUCACAAUAAGAACCCUGCUUGGGCCCAAAAUGAUGCUAUGAUGGAAGCUUACCUAGAUCAUAUUGACUAUUACUACAGAGUAAAUGAUGACACGAAAAUGUUGACUCCUGGUUGGACAGAAGCUUAUGUUGAUAUACUACAGAGUUUCAACCCACCAAACAUUGGGGUGGUUGGUCCUUUGCACAAAGGAGGCAAUGAAGAUAUCUUAACAUAUGACUUUGUACAUAGAAGCCAUAUUGAUAUAUUUGGUAGCUACUACCCAAGAGUGUUCACAGAUUGGUGGGCCGACAACUGGAUAUCAGCUGUGUAUGGGCCGGUACGCACCAUGAAACUCCCAAACGUUAGGUUGGUCCACACAAGUGAAGUCGGAACCAGGUACUCCAUUAGAAAUGAUAGGGAGAAGUUUCUUAAUGCUCAGAUUGAUCAGGGGAAAGAUAUUAUUGAGAGAUACCUGAAAACUAUGACAAAAAGAUCCAACUCCUCUCAGAAAAUCAAAAAAAUCAUUUCAAUGUCAUUGUGGGGCUCGAAAACUAGGUACACCUAUGGGGCUCUGAGGAAUGCCCAACUUUUACCUGUAUAUUUUCCAAACUGGAAACUAAGAAUUUACGUUGAGAAAGAACAACCAAACGGUCUAACAUCGUUUCCGCCUGUCGACAAACGAAUCCUAACCAAGCUCAAAAACAUGGGGGUUGAAAUAGUUGAGGUGGACCAUGCAGACACCCAAAUCCCUCCAAUCAUGUGGAGGUACCUUGUUGCCGACGAUGAAACUGUCAAUGUAUUUGUGGUGAGGGAUGCGGAUUGCAGGCUGACUGAUAGGGAUGCCAUCGUCGUAGAGGAUUGGUUGAAGAACUAUCGGUUGCCUAUUUACUGCGUCAGAGAUCACCCCAAUCACAAGAGAUUUGCAUUAUUGGGUGAACUUUGGGGAGGAAUUUCAAGAAAAAUGAGAAAAAUCUUACAGAAACCGUGGAAAGAGAUGAUGAGAGGGUUGAGAUCAGAUUACAACCAGGACAACGAAUUUCUCACAGAUGUGAUUUGGCCUGCGUUCAAAAACAGUUCCGCCUGUUAUGACAGCGUCUCUUGUCACUCAUGGCCUAAUUCCAGACCAUUCCCAGUGAAAAGAGUGGGCACGGAACACUUGGGCCAGAUAUUUGAUGCAUUUGGAAAUGUCAAAGAAGAUGAUGUGCAGAUUCUUCUGGCCUCUGAUAUUCCUACAGAUUGCUCAUUAGAUUACAUACAAACUACACCGUCUUAG